GACACAGACAGUGAAGCAGAGUAGGACUACACAUCAAUACCCAGAAUCCACUAACAAACAUGGGAGGUUUUAUACUCUUUGCGAUUUUAGUAAUUGCACGUGCUCACAGCAGUAUUGGUAAAUAUAAUUUUAUUUACUUUAAUAACUGAGUGCAUUUAUUCUACUCUCUCUAUACACUUACAUUUUAUGUAGACUUAUUCAUUUUAAUUAAAUUGCAAAUGUGAACUGUUCAGCAUUGUCCGUUCAUGUUAGUUGACUUUACAAGAUAUUGUAGGACAGCUGUGUUGGCUUGACAUGAGGGCUAACACUCAGAUUUAAUUUACACUCAUCUCAUUGCCUCCACAUGGUGUAUUAUCUUGGUUGGUAUAUUAUAUUAUGGUAAAGAGUAUUUUUGUUCUCGGUUUUGCAAGGAUUUAUUUGGUCGCGUUGAAACGAUCUCAAGUGCUGCCUAAAAUCAGGCGACGCAGAUGUAUAUUUGUUAUAUCGUCUCUGGGUGUGUCUGUAAUAGAUUCAAUAAUUCAUUGAGAGCGGAACUCCCCUGAAAUCCAAUUAUUGGAAUACGAAAUUGAAAGUGUGACAAACCAAAUUAAUCUCUGUGCGUCUAUCCAACUUAAGGGAUUCGAUUUACCUUGGAGACUCAACGCCUGUGGAGAAAAGCAAUUUAAGUCACUUUUAGUUUUUUUCUCACAAUCUAAAACAUGUCACCAAUGGCUUUUCUUCAACAUUGUCUAUGGUGUGGAUCGAUAAUACCACAGUCAUCCCCGUGAAAUGGUGCGCUUUCAACGUGUUGUUCAGCUCCUCUGACAAGUAAUGUAAGUGCGUGGUUGGUCUGUGUGUUUUUGCACUAAAACGCUUUGUCCAGCAGGGGUUCUCCUACCAACCUUUUAUCACCAACAUCUAUAGUCAAGUAGACAAACCUGUUGUUCAUAUGGCUGUCUUUGGUUAAAUGCCAGUCCGGUCUGAGCCAGACAGAGAAGGAAACAGAAGAGCUUCUAUAAAAAUAAAACAAUUUAUUUGUCACUCAAAUAGUAAGCUGCUGCAACAGCCUAGUCUAUCAAUAAGAGGGCUAAACAAUACUUUAGUUUACCAGCCAUGGGAUGAGAUUAGCCAAAUAAUAAACUAGCAUGGACAACUAAAGUGUGUGAUGAUGGGGUUGAUUUGAUCUCUGGUGUCUUCCUCUGUCCUGUCUAGCGGCCCUGGUCAUACAGGGACCAGACAAGCCUGUUCUGGAGAACGAUGAAGUCACCCUGGAAUGCCUGUUUUCUGACUCGGAGCUCAACACCAGCCAAGUCCACUUUGAGAAGUUUUCCAAGGUCAGGACACAGGCUACUUUACCUGACUUUACUUCUAAUUUGGUUAUAUGAUUGCCAAUUCUGUUGCUGUGCUAUGUGAAGUAAAGCGUGUUGAGGCGCUGCACCUAUCAAAACAUUACUUGAACUCGACUUCAGUUAGUGCAGUAUGUUUAAUUAUGUGUGACAGGACUCAGCUUGAUCAUUUUUAUUGUAUUAGAAAUGACCACAAUGUGUGCAGCCCAAAAAGGUAAUAAUUCUCCCUACUACACUUAUCACUGUGCCAGUCCUGCAUAUGACUGUGCUGUUUGCAGAUUAGGUAAAUCUCUCUCUCCGUUUCUCUCUCACUGUUCCUCUCCUACUCUCCAAUCAGUACAUGAAUAAUUGGUAUCGGCUGGAGGAGGAGGCCAUGUACCACCGGUGUAUUCCUGGUGUUAUCUUGAGGCGAGAGACGGGCCAACUGCUCCUGUCCAUCCGCAGCAUCCACAGCUACUUCCACCAGGGACUCUACCGCUGUGUCGCAGACAAUGCCACGGCAACCGACAACUCCUCCCAGCCCCUGGCUAUCACCGUCAACUGUGAGUAUGGGGGUGGGCAAUCUAGUCACAUGCAUGUCUAUAACAGCUGUUUUUGUUUUAAAUGGCACGAUGACAAAUAAGUCAGCACCGCAGGAAAGACCAAACCUCCUGGAGAGCUGCUGGGUAUGCAGACUUUUAAUACAACCCUACUUUAAUACACCUGAUUGUAUCAGCUACUCCCCAGAACCUUGAUUAGCUGAAUCCGGAGUGUAAGUGUCGAGCUGGAACAAAAGCCUGCAUACCCAGUAGUAGCUCUCCAGGAGGAGCGCCUGCUAUCCACUCCACCGUACAGUAUAUCCAUUCUCCUCAUUGUUUUCAAAAACAAUGUUCCAGAAACAGAAAUUCACAGGGGAUAGAUAGCAAUACAAAGCAACCAGACAUAGACGUAUUGUACAAGGCACAUGAAAGGGUGGGCAUAGUGUGAGGCCUAUUUCCCCUUCCGCUACAGGGGUGAUCAAAUCGACCGUAAUGUCUUUUGAUAGGCUUCUUCUCCUGUGGAGCAAUCGAUAAUGCGGGAAUUAUUUGUGUGGACAGAAGGAGAGAGCCCAAGGCAUAUGGAGAUGGUUCCAUUGACAUUGAGACGGGGAGAAAAUUAACCAUCACACUCCACAGUGCACCAUUGUGAGGACUUAGGAAGAUGAAGGCAUUUACCAUUAUCUGAUUGUUCCUCCCUCGAGGGCAAUUUGUAGAGGAUUUGAGGCACGAUACUGCAGUAUACUCAAGGAUAUGGCUCUGUUGACUUUCACAUGUCUAUGCAUGCUUGUACACUACACGCGCGCACACACACACUCAAACCUCUUAAAACCAUCACACAUGCAUUCUUCUUGAUUUCUGCCUGAACCUGCUGUGUUUCUGAUCCCCUGUUCAGACAUGCGUGAGCUGUCUGUGUACGAUGUGUCCUCCUCCAGCCAGAAGUUCAUCAAGGAAAACCUGCAUGUGACACUAGGGGAAGACGUGGAGGUGGAGUGCUCCACCACAGGCUCUGAGGCACCACAGUACUCCUGGCAGAAAUAUGUGAGUUUGGGUCUGUCAAGAUCUGGCCUUCUAUCACUCUCUCAUUCUCACUCUGUCCCUCUUCUCUUUCUCUCUCAGCACCAUAAGAGGUGCUCAGUAUUCCCUGGUGUUGGCCCUCCUAUUUCUGGAGAGCAGCUUGCCCACUUACAGAGGAUUAAUAGUUUAAUGAGGUCUAGACAAGUGGCAGUCAACCUGAAAGCCAUUCUGUAGAUAGAUUCCUAAUGAUUUUUCAAUGUUCAGUUAACCAUUGUUGAAUUAUUCAACUUGCUUGUACCAAAGCCACAAACCUAAUACCCUGGGGAAUUAAGACCUCUCAAUGCUAAAUGUCAAAUACCGAAUGGCCAUGUAGGCAACAAUAAGACCUUGGUGAAUUGAUUUGCUGCUCCCUAAUGGUGAAAUGAGGUAUCACUACUUCAGCAUAUUGUGGGUCCACUAUUUCAGACCUGAUACAAUUUCACACCUUUUGAAAUCAAGUUAGUCCUCAUUUUAAUACAUUUUCUAUUUUAUUACAGUUCAAUUUUCUGAAUUUGAAUUCUUUAGAAAGAAUAUCCCUCCAAUAUCCGUCACUUUGAAUACCCUCAAUCUACCUGUGUACCUGUCUGUCCACACAUACAUAAGUUUGUAUAACUGUUUAUACAUUUGGAUUUGGGGUAGAACGUAUUCAAGGAUGGAGAUGGGAGGAAUUAUGGGGGCAGAGAAACAAACAGUAUGGGUCAUUUGAUGGACAGCAGCCAACUGACUGUACAAUCCUGGUCUCUAGUAAUGUCCAUGGGAGGCAGGCAGGAGGCUGGAUGCGUCUGAGCCAGUGGAUUUGCAUACAGAAUGCUGUUUUGGCCAAACCUGGCCUUUCCUGGAAAUCCUCUUAAUUCAAUCCCCCAUUCAAAUUGAAAUGGACUUUCUUGGCAGGAAAAUUUUAGAUCCCAGGAGCCAAAUCAUUUGCAUGGUGUAAUGUCUUUUUUUGGGUUUGUUUUGUAUUUUGUUUCUCCUAUUAUUCCUCGCCUACUGUGUCUAACUCUCCCUCUUAAUAAUAGCGCAGCAGCUAUUUUUGUGUCCACAGUGCAUCCCGUUUGCUCAUUAUGUGUUGUGUUAACAGUGUAGCUGUGCUUUUCUUUGCUGAUUGCCUAAUCUAGGUCAGUGAAUGGGGUUUAUGUGGAAUUUAUUCAGUGGGAUUACUGUUCAGGUAAAUACACCUUGUCUGGAAGUCUAUCGCUUCUCUCACAGUGACCCACACUAACUCCACUGCGGAUCACUUUUUCUUGACUCGUUUUCUCUUUCUCCUCCAUUCGCACCCCCCUCGCUCACUUUUUCUCUCUCUUCCCUCUCACCCACCAUCCUUCCCCCUAUCAGGGAGAGGACUGGAUCGUGCCCUCCCCCAAGCUGAGGCUGAAGAAUGUGAGAAUGGAGGAUGGUGGAGACUACACCUGCAUGGCUGAGCACCCCACCCUGUCCAGCCUGAAGAAGAGCAGCACCAUCUCCAUCACUGUGCUGCCAGGUAGGUAGACAGGGGUUAGGAAGGGGGGACUACAGGGGUCGAGGUUAUGAAGUGUUGAAGUGUAGGGGUUAGCAAGCGGGCAGGAGGGAAGGCGAGGAGUACAGAGGUUAGGGAGAGGGGCAGUUGUGGCCAAGGUACAUAUGGGGAGGGGGAGUGUUUAGCGAGCUCUCAUGAAGGCGGGUGUCUUACGGCUAUGUGACGAGGAGAGGAAUUGGCCACUGCAGAGGACGUCUCUUAGGACACUAAAGAUGUCACUAAUCCAAUUUAUGAUACUCAUCAUUCUUAAUUUUUAUCAGCAACCUGCGAGAUGAUUACGCUGCAUUAAGGAUCAUCGUUUUUUCCGCAUAAUCAUAUCGCCAAUAUACAGUAAUUUAUAAUCCUUAUGAUUACAAUCGGUUAAAUUUUCUAGCAUCAAAGUAAACCACGCCAAUCAAACUGGAUGUAUGUCAAUUAUAACAGUAAAGACACUGCUUCAGUAGGAGGUGGAAGUGAAUAAUAAAUUGCACUUCAUUUUAGUCUAUGUAUUUCUUAAAGCCCUUUUUACGUCAGCAGUUGUCACAAAGUGCUUUACAGAUAACCAGCCUAAAACCUCAAAGAGCAAGCAAUGCAGAAGCACAGAGGCUAGGAAAAACUACCUAAAAAGCAGGAACCUAGGAAGAAAAUGAAAGAGGAACUAGUCCUCUUCUGGCUAUACCGGGUGGAGAUUUAAGAGUUUUUCAAGACAUUCGAACGUUCAUAGAUUACCAGCAGGGUCAGAUAAUAACCAUCUUAUCCAGAAGAGUUGGCUACACCACAACAUGGACAGUAUGGGACUAGGCAAAAAAGAACUGUCUGUGAAUAAUCUGGUAUUAAAGCCUGUAAUAUAUCUGACUCUCCGGCCUACAGCCACCAACGGCCGUCUCCACCAAGCCUGGUACGACUCCACCAUCCUGGUGUUGAUGACCUCCGUGGCGGUGGCAGUCGUACUGGUGGUGCUCCUGUCUAUCACCGUCUUCCUGGUCCGCAGGGCCAAGCAGGCCAAGAGCACCAAGGGACCCAUGUGAGUGCUGAGCGCUGUGUCCCAGUGACCUUCUCACCUUCUCUUUGUGUGUGGUGUUCACUUCUUUUAUUUGCCCCCUGCAAUAAAUAGGCUAUAGUGCAAAAUAAUUACAAUUAGUAUUAACACUGGAAUGAUAGAUGUGCAAGAGAUGAUGUGCAAAUAGAGAUACUGGGGUACAAAUGAGCAAAAUAAAUAACAAUAUAGGGAUGAGGUAGUUGGGCGGGCUAAUUUCAGAUGGGCUGUGUACAGGUGCAGUGAUCGGUAAGGUGCUCUGACAACUGAUGCUUAAAGUUAGUGAGGGAGAUAAGAGUCUCCAGCUUCAGAGAUUUUUGCAAUUCGUUCCAGUCAUUGGCAGCAGAGAACUUGAAGGAAUGGCGGCCAAAGGAGGUGUUGGCUUUGGGGAUGACCAGUGAGAUAUACCCGCUGGAGCGCAUACUACGGGUGGGUGUUGCUAUGGUGACCAAUGAGCUAAGAUAAGGCGGGGAUUUGCCUAGCAGUGAUUUAUAGAUGGCCUGGAGCCAGUGGGUUUGGCGACGAAUAUGUAGUGAGGACCAGCCAACAAGAGCGUACAGGUCACAGUAUCUCUUCCCUCUCUUCUAUUUAUCCCAGGUUAUAGCCAGGCCAAUAUAUUAUAUCUAUUGCCUCAUAUUUCACUCUGACUCUUAUGAUAGUACGAAGGCUAAGGUGGAUUUACUGUGUGUGUUAAAGUGUUCUUGUAGACUGUGGCGGUGACCAGCUCGACCCAGUCACUUACUUCCUCACUGACCUCUCCACUUCCCUGCCCACAUGAAAAAAUACUAUAGAAUACUACAGUACUCACUAUAGAAUUAUGUGGUGAACUGUAGAAUACUAUACUACACACUGUAGUAUCCCUCAAUCAUGUGUAGUACUUACUAUAGAAUGUUGUAGAAUACUAUAAUAAAUACUACAGUAAUGUCCGCAAACACACUACACUUUUUUAAACUAGUAAAUACUACAGUAUAUAAUUUGCAUAUACCCAUUCCCCUAUACCAAUUUGUGCCACCUGUAAGUAAGAAACCUACAUGCCAAGUAUAGACCAUAUAUUGUGUUCCGUACAGGUUAUAAAAAAGAGCUGAAGUUCAGACGCCAGUCCUACCUACUUACAGGUUAUGGAAACUGUGCUCUUAGAAUUUCUCUAGUAGGUUUCCUCAAAGAGAAAGCCUCCACUUCUAUGUCAAAGAUAAUAAUAGUGCAUACUGUAGUAUUUAUACUAUAGUAUUUAUUUCAUGUGGGUGUGUUUUCACCAGACUCUUGCAAAACAUGUGAAAGAAGUCAAAGGUUAACUAGUGAUAAAACAAAUAAUUUAAAAAAGUAUACUGUGGUCAUAGUAUGUACUGUUAAAAUCAUAAUAAAUACACAGUAAUCAGACACAUUGUGACCCACAACUUCUGUUGAUUAACCUCUUAUCAGAGUGAUUACAACAUGAUGAGUACAGUACAUGCUUUCUGUAAGUAUUCUGUGUCUUAUGUAAUAUGAAAGCUAUUGAGGUUAGGUUGCUCCUUACAUUUGACCUACAGUAUAUUCUGUAGACCACUGGUUGGCAGUCUAUUUGUUCUCUUACUUGGCCUUUUCUCUGGGCAGUCCAUUUACAAAUAAUGGUGCAAUGUUCUCUCCUCCCCCUCUCUCUACCUCCAGUGAUGACCGCUCUCAGAAGAAGCCCAUCUACACAGCCAGUGUGGAGUCUCUGCCUUCUACCAGUGGCGACAAACAACCACUGGUGUGACCGUGCCAAGAGAUGGAGAGGAGAAGUAGGGGAACAACUGGAGAAAGAUGGUAAAGGGAGUGAGGAAUAGGAAGGAGGGAAGAUGUCAAGGUGGGAGGAGAGGUGCCUGGGUUAUGGAUGCAGAGUAAAAUCGAAGCUAUUAUCAAAGGCUGGCUGGGUGUAAGAGGAGGGAGACAAAUGAUUGUUUUACUGGGGUGGUUUGCUUCCAGCAGGGUUGGCUGAAGUGUUCUUGAACAAAAGGUGUGCAAUUUUCUCUUUAUUGAUCUCGCAAACCUGCAAAAUUGAGAUUCACGUUCUUAUCUGAGGCAAGGCGAGGGGGAGGAGUCUUAUGUACUGUG